GCUCCCGCGGCAGCAGCGCUGAGCCAGCGGCGCCCACACUCCGGCUCCCGCGCCUGCACGCUCCGCGCCCUCCGCGCCGCCCGCCGCGCCGCCAUGACGGAACAGGCCAUCUCCUUCGCCAAGGACUUCCUGGCCGGAGGCAUCGCCGCCGCCAUCUCCAAGACGGCCGUGGCCCCGAUCGAGCGGGUCAAGCUCCUGCUGCAGGUGCAACAUGCCAGUAAGCAGAUUGCCGCCGACAAGCAGUACAAGGGCAUCGUGGACUGCAUCGUGCGCAUCCCCAGGGAGCAGGGCAUGCUGUCCUUCUGGAGGGGCAACAUGGCCAACGUCAUCCGCUACUUCCCCACGCAAGCCCUCAACUUCGCCUUCAAGGAUAAGUACAAGCAGAUCUUCCUGGGGGGCGUGGACAAGCACACGCAGUUCUGGAGGUAUUUCGCUGGCAACCUGGCCUCGGGCGGUGCCGCGGGGGCCACCUCCCUCUGCUUCGUCUACCCCCUGGAUUUCGCCAGAACCCGCCUGGCAGCCGAUGUCGGGAAAUCGGGCGCCGAGCGGGAGUUCAAGGGCCUGGGAGACUGUCUGGUGAAAAUCACCAAGUCUGACGGCGUCCGGGGCUUGUACCAGGGCUUCAACGUGUCGGUGCAGGGCAUCAUCAUCUACCGGGCCGCCUACUUCGGCGUGUACGACACGGCCAAAGGCAUGCUUCCCGACCCCAAGAAUACGCACAUAGUGGUGAGCUGGAUGAUCGCCCAGACGGUGACAGCGGUGGCCGGCGUGGUCUCCUACCCCUUCGACACUGUGCGGCGGCGGAUGAUGAUGCAGUCGGGCCGGAAAGGAGCCGACAUCAUGUACACCGGGACCUUGGACUGCUGGCGGAAGAUCAUGAAGGACGAGGGCGGCAAAGCCUUCUUCAAGGGGGCCUGGUCCAACGUCCUGAGGGGCAUGGGCGGGGCCUUCGUGCUGGUUCUGUACGACGAGCUGAAGAAAGUCAUCUAGGUGCGUGUCCAGCAGACCGGGACCAGGAGGGACCAGGAGCCGCUAGAGCACUCACGGUUACGGACCAUUGACCUUCCAGAAUUCCAGUGUCCCCGCCCCGCGAGAUUUAUGGGCAGGGCGAGGGCCCAAGGACGCCUGAUGUGGUCGUCACCACUGGCACCCUGAUUCCACGCAUUGAUGGGGGGUCCCUGACCUCCUGCCGGGUCCACGGCUGGGCUGCUCCGCCUGGCGAGCCCGGGCUGUCUGGUGUAUUUAUAGGAAAUCAUUCCGCCACUUGUUCGUAGUACCGCCCCGCACAGCCGCGCAUCCGCGAUCAGUCCGCAAACAAUAAAACCAGACACGCUC